AUGACGCUAAACCCAGUUGCAGACGAUUAUACCAAGGAGAAGAAAGCUGGUGAGGGUACUUAUGCUGUGGUCUACUUAGGAACAAAGAAGUCAACUGGCCGGCAAAUAGCUGUGAAAGAAAUCAAGACUUCUCAAUUCAAAGAUGGACUUGAUAUGUCUGCCUUGCGUGAAGUUAAGUUUUUACAGGAAUUGAAACAUGAUAAUAUAAUCGAAUUGAUCGACGUUUUCAUGUCUAACGAUAAUCUAAACCUUGUUUUAGAAUUCCUUCCAGCGGAUCUGGAGAUUAUAAUAAAGGACACCUCUAUCAUGUUUACACAAGCGGAUAUUAAAUCUUGGCUACUCAUGACUUUGAGAGGUGUGCAUCACUGUCACAGAAAUUUCAUUCUACAUAGAGAUUUGAAGCCAAAUAACUUACUAUUAGCACCAAAUGGACAACUAAAAAUUGCAGAUUUUGGUCUCGCAAGAUUAAUGGCAUCUCCGCAGGAGGUUUUAACAAGCAAUGUUGUGACCAGAUGGUAUAGAGCACCAGAACUUUUAUUUGGUGCCAAGCACUACACAUCUGCUGUGGAUAUAUGGUCUGUCGGUGUCAUAUUUGCAGAACUAAUGUUGAGAAUUCCUUACUUGCCAGGAAAGGAUGAUGUAGACCAAAUUGGAGUCACUUUCCGCGCUUUAGGUACACCAACUGAUAAGGAUUGGCCGGAAGUGUCAAGCUUUAGUGGUUACAAUAAAAUUCAGAUUUAUCCACCACCUUCAAGAGAAGAACUCAGAAAGCGGUUUAUUGCAGCAACAGAAAAUGCUUUAGACUUACUUGAUGGUAUGAUGACAAUGAAUCCAAUAAAGAGAUGGGAUGCCAUACAAUGCCUACAGUCUCAAUAUUUCCGUGAGCUACCAGAACCCACUCUACCGCAAGAUCUACCGAAGCUAAAUAAAUAA